UCACCUGGAGAGACUGGGAGACUCACCUGGAGAGACUGGGAGACUUCACCUGGGAGACUUCACCUGGAGAGCGGUACACCUGCAGAGAUGCUGGUGAACGAGGAGCUGGAGUGCGUGGUGUGCUUCUCUGAGUACUCUCGCAGCAAGCGCGUCCCCAGGGUGCUCCACUGCAGCCACACCUUCUGCGCGCCGUGCCUGGAGCGGCUGUCCUACCUGGACGGGGUCAUCCGCAGCGUGACCUGCCCGCUGUGCCGCUGGAUCACCUGCACCCGGGCCAGCCUCACGCUGCCCGGCGCCCUGUGGGUGAACACGGACAUCUGGGACCAGAUCACGAAGGAGCAGCAGGGGAGGAAGCCGGAUGUGGAGGACCUUUACCAGAAGAACCAACUCCUCAGGUCAACACUACCGGAUUCAAGACACUCGGCUUUCAUGUCCUUACUUGAAAAGAUGUUCAGCUGUGUGCUGCUGCAGAAAUGAGGGCUGAACAGCUGACGGACCCCUCUUCCUCUUCCUCCUCUUCCUGCUCCCCUUCCUCCUCUUCCUGCUCCUCUUCCUCCUCCCCUUCCUGCU